ACCAACGAUGCAAACUGGAGUUAGCAUGCUAACUGGAGAUUUUUUUUAUUUUUUUGAACGCUACAUAUAACUUUAUUACUAGGCUUUAAGAAGCGUUAGUUAGCAAGCAAAUUGUUUGUAGCAGCAGUAGUUUUGAGGCCAUUUUCCUCCGUUUUUUAUCAUUAUUAUAAUUAUGGACUGUUUUGGAGUCUCAUCUGCCCAAAAUUUACAGGCUCUAUCUGCGCUGCUCUCUACUCAGCAGGAGGAAGAGGAGGAUGAAGAUUAUGAACCGAUUAAAACAGCAUGUGCGCAACUUGGACCUGGACAUAUUGGCCCCAAACCCAGGAAAGAAAAAGAAGUGUCUACCUACACAAAGAUAACCAGUAAAGAUAUCUGGAGUGAGGAGGAAAUGGUUGAGGGACCCCAGUAUGAUGAUCUGGCUGACCCUCGACAACAACCUGAGUAUGAAAUUAUAUUGAAGCAGAAUGUGGGAACACAGGACCUGUUCCUGGGCUUAAGUCGGAAGGACCCAUCUUCAAUGUGCUGUGAAGCCAUGCUGGUGAAAAUAAAACUACCCGACACAAAGGCAACAUAUAUCAUCUUAGAUAUAAAAGAGAAAUUCCUGGAUCUGCGGACACCAAAGUAUAAACUGGGCCUCCAUCUGCCCCAUCCCAUCCAGAGUCAAGAGGGAAAGGCUCAGUUCUUCGGUGACAGACAGGAGCUGGAGGUGACUUUACUGAUGAAGCGACCAAUGGACUUUAUCAACAUGCAAUAAAAAAGGAAAAAAGCAGCAAGAUCUGAGAUA